UCAAAACUCGAUCAAGAAUGUGUAUCAAUUUAGAUUAGAAUUCUGACAAACAGUCAAUAUAAAUUUUCCUUAUGAUAGUUUCUCUCAUUUUAAUCCGAUAUUGUUAAUUUUGAAUGGCUACAACUUUUGUUCGACCAAAAUUAAACAUCAGCAGAACAGAAGGUGUGUUUUGGUCUAGACGUUUUGACCAACCAAAACUAUCAACUGACAAAAAUAGAAGACAUAGCAUACAUAAUCCGUUCAAAUUAGAUCAUAGCAUAUUGGAACCCGAUUCACAAUACACCUAUUUGGAAUUUCUGGAGAGAAAUCCUCUCAGGUUAUCCAUACAGAAGCUGAAUGGAAAAAUGGACAACAGAACGCAAAAAAAGAUGGAUCUCGAUAGAAUCGAGGAAACUUACUGGUCUCAAUGGAAACCUAACAAAAACGGUAUUCUUAUGGAAACGACUAAGACCGUAGAUAAAAGAACAAUACCCAAAACACAAAAAAGCUCAAGGGGUGAUGGCGACAGAAAUUUCAAUAUGAAAAACGAACAGAUUGAAGUGAAAAAUAAAAUUAUUCCUCUCGACUUCAAACGCUCAAAACCGCUGUCAAGAAUAGAUGAACUGACAGAAGACGAUAGAGACCUUGAUACAUCGUCCAGCAUAUCGAAUGUAGAAGAACCUAAAGACUCAAAAUUCUUGAGGCACACCGAUUCUUUCAUACUUAACAGUAAAAAACAGUCAGAGGAAAAACCUCAUUAUCAGCAGCCAAGAUGUAUUCGUUUAUACAAGAAAAACUCUCCUAGUAAUUAUAUUAAGGGUGGCUCUUAUCCACUGAAACCUUGUUUGAAAAAAGAAUCUACUUUUAAGGGUUAUACUAGGCGACCACUAAGCGGAAGUCCUUAUAGUGCAAGCUUAUUUAAAUCCGUCAAACAUAAAGUAAAGCCCGGAUCAUCCAAAUGAAUUACUAACCUAUUGUCCAUUGUGAAAUUCCUUUAUUAUAGUAUGCUUUUAUAACAGUUCUUCAUAUGUGGAUUUUGAAAAUCAAGGGAUCAAUAUAUGUGAAAACAUUAA